UCCACCGAUAUGGUCAGCUAUCGCAUAUCUGACUCAGUAUUGAUUUUACAUGUCUAAAAAAGAAAACAAAGAAGAAUAAGGCAAAUCUCGAGUGAAAAAAUGCUUGGAAUUAUCCAAAAGCUAGGGCAUCUGCUCCUGGUCUCCAUGUUAACGGGGCUAGUCCAAACAAGUGAUAUUACAGACAAGGUAUUCGGAGAAAUAAAGGAAGGAGUUGUGGCAGCCUUUGGGGAUUUCAAUUCCAACGAACUGACGGACACAUUCGUCAUACGAAAUGAUAUGAAAACGUUGCAGAUACUUUACGGGCACUUUACAGAACCUCUGCUUAGACCUGGCCCGUAUUGCACGUACCAGAACGGUAACAAGAUUGUCAGCGUUGUACCUGGUGAUUUUGAUGGCGACGCUCUUAUGGAUGUUCUAGUCAACAUUCGUAAUGAGAAAAAGGACAAGGAUAUCUAUGAUGUUUAUAUUAAUUGGGGCAACACCACGGAGUUGAUCUGCGCAACAAAACCUCUAUUUAGCACCAAAGGCGAAGUAAUGGCCUUGGACUUUAAUCGUGACAUGAUCAUUGAUCUAUAUGGGCUAGAUGCAACUCAACAAGCAGAAAAGCGAAGUUUUUGGAUCUUUAAUGGCACCCGCGACGCUUUUACGUUGGUUGACCAGGCCGCCCCUACAAGUUUUCCAAAGUCCACCAGCAUCAGCAUUCCGAAUGCCAAUGCCUAUUUGGAUCUAAACGGCGACUAUCUGGCCGAUUUGUUUGUGCAGAACAAGGCUGCCUAUGAGAUCUGGUAUGGCACCAAUGACAACAAUUUCGGUUAUCAGUACACGAUUAAGUACCAGCCAAUUGGAGUCAAUGACUACACAGUGGGCCAGGCCGUUUUCAUGGACUUUGAGCUUCGAGGCGUUCAGAACAUUGUGGUCCCAUUCUGCAUUCCAUUUAAUUGUAUAAAUUCAACUAUAAUGGUUCAUGAUGGUGUCGAUUUUCGAGAUGUCCACGUAAUUUUUAAAGAUCCUCAGGGCGUCAGCUGGACCUUUGUGCCACCUGUGGCUGAUGAUGUAUAUCUGAGGACCAUUACCGCUCGAAGCGGUGACUUCAAUCUCGAUGGCUAUCCGGAUCUGUUGGUCACACUGCAACCCACCAACAUGGCCAAACCAGUGAUGCAGACGUUUCUGUUGGAAAAUGUACCCUGCACAACAUGCAACAAACCACUGACUCGAACCUUUGAAGUGCGCUGGAAAGCCUUAGCACCAAUGGGUAAUAAUACAGUGGCCGGAGCAUUCUAUGAUUUCUAUCAGGAUGGUGUUCUUGAUGUGAUACUUAUUCAGAAGAACGAGAAUGGCAACUAUCGCCCUUUAGCCUUUCGCAAUACCCUCGACUAUGAUGCCAAUUUCGUCAAAGUUAUUGUCCUGACCGGCCUGGACAACAAGCAAAAUCCUGAACGACGCACUGCUUUGGGUAGAAAGCAGCGCACAUAUGGAAGCAAUCUUCCAGGACCAAGAAUCACCUAUUGCACCACUACCCAAGAUGGGGACAAGCAAUGCGGAAGCAGCGUUCAACUGCCCCAGGCCUCGUAUUUUGCCCUCCAGUUGCCCUACACUUGCUUUGGCCUAGGGAGAACACCCAAUUUUGUGGACCAGGUGGCAGUGGGCCUGGGGGGCAAAUAUCGUAAUUUCACCCAGCUGAUACCCAAUUCACAGAUAAUUGUGGUCCCCAAGCCACUGAACGAGCCUUCUCGAUGGAAGGCCCAGCUCUUUGUCACCCCAAGUAAAUUGAUUCUUAUGAGUGUGGUGGCUCUCGGAGGCACAUGCCUAGUCAUAGUUCUCAUAAUCUUGGUCCUUUACAUCAAAGAGAAGCGGGAAGAUAGACAAGAGCGCUUGCAAGAGUCUCACAGAUUCCAUUUUGAUGCUAUGUAAAAAAUUAGAAUUCUUUUUUCUCAAUCAAAGCAGCGGCUUUUCAUUUAUUUUUUAAUCAUUUUGUUUUAUUAUAUAAAUGUUUCAAUAAGACGGUCCCAAAGUUCAGAUGUUUCCAUUGCCAGCAAAGCGAAACAUUAUUUGGUGGAAACAUCUGAGCUAUAGGGACUCUAUAUAUAAAAUAUUAUUUUAUAGAUUAAGAAGUGUGAUAAUAUAUAAACAGAAAAAAAACAAGCCAAUAAACCGUAUUAAUGAAAUCGG